AUGUCCGCUGCUACCGCUACUACUGCUAAUUUGAAGAACACUAUGAAUUUGUCUGAUGACGUAUUCAUGGGUGCCUCUUCUACUACUACUAUUAAUAAUGCCAACUCUGAUUCCAAGAACGAUGUUCUUUCAGAAUUAGAAGAUUUGGCCGGAUUGAAGUCUGAGACUAACAAUCCAUUCAUUGAAAUUCAUUCAUCUGUGUUGGAAUCUGUAUUCAGCACAAACUUGGAUGAUGUCAAUGGUCCCGAUGCCGACUCUACUCCUAUGUUUGAUGAAUUAGAUUUCAUUGUCGACGGUUCCAAAGUCAACCUGAAGGAGGAUUGGAUCUCCUUAUUUGGAGAAGUUCCUGUUAAUUCAGGAUCUAUCUCUCAGGAUGACAUUGAGCCCAUCAUCUCAUUUGUCGACAAUGUUAAUAAUAGAGAAGACGAAGAAAUCGAGAAUGAGGUUGUUCAAAAAGAUGAUUUAGUUGACUUGUUUGAUUUAGCACCAUCAGGUGAUGAUGCUUCUUCAAUGACGAGUGCUCCUGCUGUCUCUGGUUCUCGUAAGAGAAUGUAUAGCGAAGUCGAAGAAUCAUUUGAAUUUACUCCUCAUAAGAAUACUCAAUUAAUUACUCCAAACCCAUCAUCAACAUUACCUACUCCAUUAUUAGAUUCUGGUUCUAAGAAGGUUGACCAUUUAGGAUGUGUGACUUACUCAAAGAAGCAAAGAAGUCAACCUUUACAACCAAUUGAAUUACCAACCAGUGAUGAUCCAAUUGCAUUGAAGAGAGCUAAGAACACUGAGGCUGCUCGUCGUUCUCGUGCUCGUAAGAUGGAACGUAUGACUCAAUUGGAAAUCAAGGUUGAAGGUUUAAUUGAUGAUAGAACAAGAUUAGAACAAGAAGUUUUAAGAUUGAGAGAAAUGUUGUUGGCUAAUGGUAUCCAACCAUAG